CGUGCCAGCCCCCAACAUGGCCGUACGCGGCCUCAGUGGGGCGGGACCGGGCGGGCCGACGGCCGAGCGGGCAGGAUGCUGAGGGCGGCCCUGGGCCUCGUGGCGCUCGUGGGCCGCGCGACGCCCCGGACGCCCGGCCUGAGGAGGCUGUGGGGACGUGGGUCCCGCCUGGUGGGCUCGGAGAGGAGGCGGGGCUGGGGCUGGGGCUGGAGCCCGCGACGCACGAGCUCCGACUUGGGGCGCGUGGAGGCCGCUCACUACCAGCUCAUCUACACCUGCAAGGUGUGUGGGACUCGUUCCUCCAAUCGCAUCUCCAAGCUGGCCUAUCAGCAGGGUGUGGUCCUUGUGACCUGCCCUGGCUGCCAGAACCGUCACAUCAUCGCGGACAACCUGGGCUGGUUCUCGGACCUGGACGGGAAAAGGAACAUUGAGGAAAUCCUGGCAGCCAGAGGGGAGGAGGUGCGCCGAGUGACCAGCGAGGGGGCCGAGGGGGCCGUGGAGCUGGUGCUGGAGACUGCAGGGCCCUCCAAGCCCAGCGCUGACCCAGAAGAGGCUGAGGGCCAGGGCCCCGCCCUCCCUAGCCAGAGGGAGGGCAGCUGAGCCCUGGACUCUCCUGACUUCCAUCAAUAAACAUGUCACUGCAGGUGCCUGG